AGAAUAAACGUUCAAUUCCACUACAAUUAUGGCGAACAAAAUCACCAUUUUAUUGUUUUGUCUAAUUGGUUAUGUAUAUUCAGAUACAUGCAGAGACAACUUUAAAUCAUGUAAGAUUUAUGAGAAAACAGCGUGUGGAAUUCCUGCUUACUUUACUUGGAUGUUCCGUAACUGUGCGCUGACCUGUGGGUUUUGUCGGUAUUAUAACCAAGACAAAGUGACAGAACCAACAACAACAACAACCACGACUCCAGGGCCAUGUGUGGAUAUUUAUAACAACUGUACCGUAUAUAGUCCGGCCUGUGGACAGUCCCAGUUUAUGGAACAAUAUUGUCGGAAAACAUGCAGGAAGUUGUAUACCUACGCCAAUUGCAG